AUGGAAAACCCACGUAAACGAGAUCUUAAGAAGUUCAUAAAUACAUUUAGCUUCUUGCAGCAAAGCUAUAAGUUCCACAUGCAGCAGAUCAAGUUUGAGGACAGGCGCCUGUUGGAAAGCCUACUUAAUGCAGAGGUGUCACACAAAAAGAAGAAGGUACAGUUAAUAAUCAAAUUAUAGAAUCUAGUAAAUGAAACUAGACGAAAGCUCAAAAAUAUGAAGUCCACAAUUCAGAAAUUUCAAGAACUGAACGCGGACCUCCAAGGUACCAAGGAAUUCGAAGAGGCGACAAGACUGAUUAAAGAACAGAUGAUCAUGGAACAGAAUUGUCUUAAUGCCAAUACGGAGAAAAUGGAGAAGCAUUUUGCAGGCCUCAAAAUUUCAGAAGCAAACUAUUUGAAGUCAGCUACUCUCUAA